GAAGGGAUGCCGCGAAAUUUGUUAAGUCAAGGCUCGGCCAACUCAGUUACAGAUUUUAUUGGAAUUUAGCGAAAAGAGGGAAAUUGUACUAAGACCUCAAAUCAAGCUGAAGGAAGAAACCCAACAAACUGUACUCACACGUGAUACCGAGACUCCUUAUUUGUAGAUUGGGUUUCCUGUGUCACCUCAGGUUGUGGGGGACUGGAUUAUGUAAUCUUUCGUCAGUUUUUGCAUUUUUCAGAAUUCAUAUAGGAAUUUUUUACCGAUGAAGAAAAAGGAAGAAAAGCUUUGAUUUUUUUGUCGAUAAAACAAAAUGUCAGACCUACACUUUGACUCCGACGAGGAAGGCGACAGAGAAUACGACUUGGGAGAAUAUGAAGGACAAAGGAAUGAGUUAGGAGAACGUCAUGGUGUAGGCAAGGCUGUAUUACCUAAUGGAGAUAUCUACAAAGGCAGUUAUCAUAAUGGUAAAAGAAAUGGACAGGGAUCAUAUUUCUUUAGAAGAGGUGCAAAAUACACUGGGACCUAUGACAACAACAAGAAGCAAGGCCGAGGUACCUUCGUCUACCCCGACGGCUCAAAAUAUGAAGGAAUGUGGGUGGAUGAUGAGCGAAAUGGCCAGGGUCUGUAUACCUAUCCAAACAAUGACGUCUAUGAUGGUGAAUGGAAGAAGAACAAGAAACAUGGUCGUGGAAGUUAUCUGUGUGCUAAAACCAAAGUCAAGCUUGAAGGAACAUGGGUAAGAGGAAAACUGAAUGGCACAGGAAAGAUGAUACUGGCUGACCAUGUUUACCAAGGAAAAUUCGCAGAUAAUCUGCCAUCAGGACCUGGUAAAUAUGUCUUUAAGAAGGGGUUUGAGCAGUAUGGUGUAUAUAAUAUCAAAGAAAAGAAAAAGAGACAGUUUGAUGAAGAAGAGGAGCCUAUCAGAACUCCCAUCUGGAAAUGCAUCGGUCUCUCCCAAACUCUUUAAGCUAAAACAUACAUUAUUUAGCGAUCAAUUUCUGGGUGUUUUAUUUUACAAUUUCAACACAUGACGUACAUAAUUUUUAAUCUUUGUACCUUACAUUAUAAUGAAUAGAAUAUUUACAUAGAAUGUGGUUAUCUUACCAGUUUACUACCUGCCAAAA